AUAAUAGUCCUAUUUUACUGUAAUAAGAAUGAGAAAAAUUUACCUGACCGUUUUCAAGGGGAAAGCCUUGAAUUUUGAAAAACUUGAAAGCUCAUUUCCCGUCAUCAGGAGUCAACAUUUUCCCGGACCCCCUUUCUUUUCGGGAUGAUUUAUCGAUUCGUGGAAAAAAGAAUACGUAGGCCUAUGCGACUACUCAAUUUGUUUAUGUAUACGCACAUAAAAUAAGAAAGAGAAAAAUUUGCCUGACCGCUUUCAAGAGGAGAAAACCUUUAAAUUUGAAGAACUUAAAAGAAGUCGGGACUUCAGAAGUCGGGAAAGCUCAUUUCCCGCCAUUUGGGAUUUAACAUUUUCCCGCAUUAGACUUUAAAAUAUCGGUUUAACUACUGUUUAUAAAUAAACAUUGGCAACAAUAUAAUGAAAUAAAAAACAAAUAAAAAAAAUAAAAAUAUAUCAAACAACAAUUAUUCCUUAAAAUUAAAUUGAAUAACACGAAUAGACACCGUCCAUAAACACUUCGACAAUACAUAUGCCUAGGCUUAUGAUAUGAAAUACAUUAAUUAAAAUGAUAGAUUAAACAAAUCUUUUGUACCAGUCUAAAUUACAUUCAAAAUUAUUUCCAUAAAUUGUUAUGGAAUUAGUACUGGUUACUUUAAUGUUAUUUAAUUAAUUAUUUAUUUAUUUUUAUAUUAAUUGAAUAGGCCAUACUGAAUACAUUGAAUUGAACAUACUGUUAGUAUUUUACAUGUUUUUAUAGUGCAAUAAGGUACUGUAUAGAGAAGCAGAUCCGGGGCGGCUUAGAAAUGUAUCAAAAAUUAUAUACAGUAAACAUUUUAUAUUUAUGAAAAUAUGAUUAAUACUGUAGAUAAAAUUAAUUUAAAUAUGUAUAGUAAUUCCUGAAAUGCAACAUAAUAUAUAGUCAGUAUAAUAAGGUAGAGGGCGUUCUUCUUUGUUUUCACACUGGCGCAAUGGGUAACCGGCAAUGCAACAAGAUGAAUGCAGUGUCCUUGAUUUUGUUGUUUAUUACAUUACUUCUAGAUAUUCCAUGUAAUAUUUUUGCAAAAAAACAUUUAAAACUGAAACAAGUGCAUGUUUUAUAUCGCCAUGGCAGUCGUUCUCCAUCACACAGAUAUCCGAAUGAUCUGUAUGACGAAUCUACAUGGCCUCAGGGAUAUGGAAUGUUAACACAGAAAGGCAUGAAACAGCAAUAUCUCCUUGGACAAUGGUUAAAAGAUCGUUAUGUGGACAACUUCGGUUUUCUCAAUCAUACAUACAUUGCAAAGGAAAUUGUUAUUCAUAGUACAGAUACACAUCGCACUGUUAUGUCCGCUCAAAGUAAUCUUGCAGGUUUGUACCCUCCUAAUGACGCCCAGGUCUGGAACGAAGAAAUACCUUGGCAACCAAUUGGGAUUUUCACAUACCCGGGUGAUCAAGACCGUGUUUUAACAUUUCAUGCUCCAUGUCUGAAACGAGAUAGACUGAUGGAAGAAAAAUCACAUCCGCUCUAUAAUAAAUUCAUUGAAAACAACAAGGAAAAAAUAGACUACAUCAUUGCUCAUGCAGGAGUUGACAGGAAUAUUAAAUCGUUAGGACAAGUUGCUGAUGCAUUAUAUUUUGAGAAUGAAGAUGGUCGUAACUUACCUCCUUGGACAUUAACAGAUGUUGUUGGAUGGGAUGGUACUUACUAUAAGUGGUUAAUGAUGCUAAAAGACUUCCAGUAUUCUGCUAUAUAUCAGAAUACAAGUACUGAAUUGAAAAAGUUACUUGGGGGUUCUCUUUUGGGAGCAAUGGCCUCUCACUUCCGUGAUGUUGGAAUGAAUGUGCCGUCACCCAAGCUUUACAUGUAUUCUGCACAUGAUUCAAGUGUAAGCAGUCUGCUAAGCAGUCUGAAUUCUUUUAAUGAUAGACUGCCUCUGCCAGCAUCGUGUAUUCUUGUUGAACUGUAUCAUAAUGUUGCUGAAAAUUCUUUCACUGUAGAUGUACUAUAUAGAAAUGAAACAAAUCGUUUAGUCGAACUUCAGAUAGGCCCAAAUGGAAACAAAUGUGAUAAACACUGCCCGCUGGAGGAGUUUUUGAAAUACGUUGAUUCAGUUACUCCUCAUGACUUUGAAAAAGAAUGCAAGAUGCAUAUACAUCAUGCUGAGCCUUUAGAAUGGAACACAGGUUGGUUGAUCUUUAGUGUGGUUUUUACGAUGUUCCUCAUCCUAGCAGUUACAAUGUGUAUAUUAACAAUAAUAACGGCAUGCAAAGGUCCAGUUUACAAGCCGCGAAAUCGACUUCAACCAAUUGACUUUCAUUUGCUGGGCAACGGGCUGAGUGAAUCAGAAGAUGAGGCUGUGUUCGACGCUUAGUAUCGUUACAUAAUUUCCAUCUACUGGGGAACGGACUAAGUGAAUCAGAUGAGAUGAGGCUGUGUUCAACGCUUACAUUAUGUUUAGUGCGCUGCUUAUUCUGAAGAGUAGCUAAAUGGAACAUUUAAAGUAUUUAUUACAUUACAGUAUAUACCUCCACCACAAGUGUUUUUUGUACCAAAUUUUCUGUGGGACAAAUCUAGAUCUUUCCCUUGUCGGCCAAUGUGCCAAAGUAUAUUAUUUCAUGAAAAAAGGGUAUUUUCUGGUCAAAUUAAAUUUUGAGAUUGAGUAAUUAGAGAUUUGAACUAAGGAAAAUUGACUUCCACAGGGUGCUCAACCAAUUGUUCACAAAUUCACUACUAUUGCUACCAUAUUUAAAUACAAUUUUUCAAAUGGGUGAUAAUAUGGUAAUUAUUGGUUGUAAUUAACUUAUAUAUAUUUUUACUUUACCAUGCAAACCUUCAAAGAAUAAUUAGCAUAUUGCUGUUUAUAUUUGUAUGUUUGUGAAUUUUUCAUUACCUGUUUGAUGUGAUAGUAUGUACUUUGUGUAGAUAGUAUGUAAACAGUUAAUUUUAGUAUUAAUAUAUUUAUAAUAGUUUGUCAUUCCUAUUGUUAGUGUGGUAAAACUGUUUACUACUUAAAGGUGAUUUUGAAUUAUCCAGAGUUGUUGUAAUUCAUUAUCUGAAAAAACAGCAUCUGUAAAUAAUGUCAUUAGGGAAAAGUAUAAAUAUAUGCUAAAGGCAAGUUGUAUUUAUGUAAAGUAGGGGUACUCUUAAAUAAAGGGCAACAAGGUGGGUAAUAUAGCAUAUAAUACAAUGUCAAGAAAGCAUUUGGUUUGGGGGUAAAUACUUAAUAUGUGGCAAAGACAAACCAAACCAGUCACCUGUUUUUGACAAAAUUUUGGAAAUCUUUUUUAUUGUACUAAACUAACCUUUAUAUAUCUAUACAUAAUACUAUGCUGUUAUUGUCCCCUUCUUCAAUGCUAAAACAAAAAUUUUAACCAUUUGGUGAUGGUCUCUGCCUAAGACGUGCCCAAAAUGGUAAACUUUGAAGGCUGAUUUCUCAAUUAUUAUUUUUGAAACAGCUGUUCGUUUAAACUCUUAUAACUUCAUAAUGAAAUGUCGGAUUUAAAUGAUUUCUUUUACCAUUUCAUCACUCAUUUUACUUUUUAAAUCUGUAUUAAUAACUAAAAAUCGAUUUUAGCGACGAGUGACUAGUUUGGCUUUUCCUUGCCACAUAUGCUGUUUCAACUUGUAAUGAUGCAAGUGUCAAAUUUUGAAACACUAAUAAUCAAGGUUUUAAAUGUAAACUAAAAAAAAUGGAUUAUUGUGACUUAAGUGCAAUAUUAAAUACAGCUUCCUUAAAUAAUUUGGACGUUAUUAUAAUAGUACUGUAUUUUAUUUAUGAAUUUAUUGUAAUUUAGACGAGACUUUUUUUAUGCCAAAACCCACCGCCCGCCAAUAAUGUUGUUUGGGCAAUUAGCGCAUCCGCCGCCAUGAAAAAAUUUGAACUUCAGAAAAAUAUAAAAGGUUUUUUUUUUAUUACGCCCACCGCUGCCUUGAAUUGCCCAAAAAUAAGAUGUCUUGCCUAAAUUUAUUCAGAUAUGUAGUUGUAUAAAUUCUGUUUACAUUCAACAAAAAAAAUUAAUUUUAUAUUAUCACCAAUAAAAAUUAAUUUUAUAUUAUCCUCCAUAUGGAUGUUUUUGGCAAAACGAUUUGCUGAAUAACAAAACAACACUUUAUUUUUUAUUUGCUCUUCUCUAAAAGUAUGUUCACGAAAAAAGGUAUAGAAAAAGUCUCGCAAUAUAGGUUUAUGUCUUUAAUUUGGACGCAAUUCUGUUAAUUUGGCUGACACAAGAUCCAGUAAAGCUUUAUUUUAGCAUUCUCAUUAAAAAAUAAGUACAGAACUAA